AUGAAGGCGGCGCGCCUGCUCCUGCUGCUCGCCGCCUGCGCGCUCCUCCUGCGGGCGCCCGCCGUGCGCGGCUGCGGGCCCGGCCGGGUGGUGGGCAGCCGUCGGCGGCCGCCCAGGAAGCUCGUGCCGCUCGCCUACAAGCAGUUCAGCCCCAACGUGCCCGAGAAGACGCUGGGCGCCAGCGGCAGGUACGAGGGCAAGAUCGCGCGCGCCUCCGAGCGCUUCAAGGAGCUCACGCCCAACUACAACCCCGACAUCAUCUUCAAGGACGAGGAGAACACCGGCGCCGACCGCCUCAUGACCCAGCGCUGCAAGGAUCGUCUCAACUCGCUGGCCAUCUCAGUAAUGAACCAGUGGCCAGGCGUGAAGCUGCGCGUGACGGAGGGCUGGGAUGAAGAUGGCCACCACUCGGAGGAGUCGCUGCAUUAUGAGGGCCGUGCUGUUGACAUCACCACAUCAGACCGCGACCGCAACAAGUACGGCAUGCUGGCUCGCUUGGCUGUGGAGGCCGGCUUUGACUGGGUCUACUAUGAGUCCAAAGCCCACAUCCACUGCUCUGUUAAAUCUGAGCAUUCAGCAGCAGCAAAGACAGGAGGUUGUUUCCCAGCCCAGGCACUGGCAACUCUAGAGAACGGGACCAAGAUUCCACUGUGGGCACUAAAGCCUGGGCAGCAGAUCCAUGCCAUGGAUGACCAAGGCCAUCUCAUAUACAGUGAAUUCCUGACAUUUCUGGACAAGGCACCUUCGAAGCGUACUGCUUUCCGCGUCAUCGAGACACGAGAUCCACCCCGUCGCCUCACUCUCACAGCAGCGCACCUCCUUUUUGUGGGGGACAAUGCCACAACACCCAUGAAGGCUGUUUUUGCCAGCCGAGUGCGUCCAGGCCAAUAUGUGUUGGCCGCAGAGGGGACUGAGCUGCGGCCAGCCAGAGUAACAGCUGUCUCUGAACAGAUGGACGUUGGGGCGUAUGCUCCCCUCACCGGCCAUGGAACGGUGGUGGUAGAUGAGGUGGUGGCUUCUUGCUUUGCAUUGGUGCAGGAGCAGCACCUGGCACAACUGGCCUUCUUGCCCCUUCGACUCUAUCACAGCCUGACAGGUGGCCAUGGGACCCAUCCGGAAGGUGUGCAUUGGUACUCCGCACUGCUCUAUCGUCUGGGCCGGAUGCUCAUAGCUUCAGACAGCUUUCACCCACUGGCCAUAGCACAGUUUGACAGCUGAGCUGAUGUGACAGAGGGGAAAGACCAGGUCACCUUCCAUGGUUCUAGGAGGGGCUAUAUGGUAGCCAGAAUCCUGUUUGUGGGGAAGGUGGGGCGCAGGACCUGUCCACUGGCUCCCUAUGACCUUCCCGAAAACGAGGGCUGGAGGGAGGUGUUGACUCCUCCAUUGUUUCCAAAAGGCCUUUUUUGGCUACAGAAAGGGGAUGCCCAAGGCUGGGCUCAUAUGCUGCUAUUACGGUUCAAGAACCUCCAGUACAACAUUGAGGGGCUAACCAGGUGGAUGCGGGUAGCAAGUGGAGAUCCUGAAGCUUGGGAUGAAUGAAUGAGGGGCAGGAAAUCCUGCACUCCAAUAGGCAGACUGAGAAAGUGUGUGUGUGUGGAGGGGGGUAUGAGUGAUCUGAAGCAACAGGACAGCUGCAAGGAGACAGCUGGAAGGGGUUAGAGUCCUACGAAGCUGUGGGGAGGGGGUCCUAGAUAAGUCCACAAAAAUACUUCCCUCAAGAGCUGGGACUCUCUAGGCACUGCCUUGUUGUGCUUAACAGCAUUGUAACAUCUACAGCAGCCAUAUGGACGACAAUAUGGGGACCUUCUUCAUCGCAGAAGGAAGGGAGGGGGAUCAUUUUCAGCAGCCAGUCGCGGGCUUGUGGGCAGCAACAAGCAGGCAGGCAGGAGAAGGACACCAAUUACGAUGAGGGAACAGACAGCAGAGAGAGGAUGUUUCAAGAAAGCACCCGUCUUCUCUGGAUUCACUGGACACAGCCUAAAAUUAACAAACACAUUCACCAACCAAUGACAGCAAUCACUCCACCUUGGAAGACUGGAGAACAGGCUGCAAGGUGUGUGUGAAACCUUUCGCCACGCUUUAAGCAACCACCUGACUGUAUUUCCCAAGGGGUGGUUAAUAUCGAAUCACCUGAGUUAAAGGGGGUCUCAGAAAGUUCCCUGAGGGCAGAAAUCUGGACGUGGGAAGUCUCUGUUAGCGGCAGGGCAAAUGGAUGGUGGAGCAGGGAAGGGCUAGAGAGAUUGAUCCUGUUACCUCCACACACACCCCAUUUCCCUUUACCUCUUAAUGGUACUGGAGGAGCUGACUUCCUCCUGGGCUCUAAUCUCCUGUGAUCACACCAUACCGAACUGGACAACCCUGCUCGAGUAACACACGGCAAUGAUGCUGAGAUGCUUCUGUGGGGAACAGCAAGGGGUGUCCACACCUCCUUGGGAUGUGCAUGUGUUGUUGUGGCUGUCCUAGAUAUGGUCAUCAGUAACAUGGUUUCAUACGCUGUCAGAUAUCCUUCACAGGGGCAUGGGGCAUUUCAGGGGAGAAUCAGGAGGCAGGUUCCCAGACCAGUUCAAGGCAUGGCACACCCACUGCCUUCUCCUGCCCCAGCAGUGACAGGAAACGAUGCUGCUUUCUGCAUUGCAGAUGGUUGGGGAUGAGCUGAGCCCUGGCGGUGCAUCUGUGCUCUCCUUGUGAUUGUUGUGCUGCCGUGCGUGGCGAGCAGCCUCCUGUAGUAUUUUCUCAGUUAUAUGACCAUGCUCAUGCCCUAUGGCACAGUUUAGGAAGAGCUGCUCGCUCGUUCACUGUUGGCACAUAAGAGCUGCUUCUGAGUGAGCAGGCAGUAAAAACCUUCUCUCUUUACCCAGCUACCCCUUGUGCUAAAUAUGACCAACUAUUGUUGUGGGUAAGCUGGCUUGUAAAAAAAAGCUUGUGGGCUAGUCACUUUGGGAAGCUUCGUAGCAGAUUUUCUUGUAUGUCAGUAAUAUCCAAGAUAGAAACAGUCGCAAGAGAAACAGCCUUCAGAUGGGCCCGAGAUAACUUGUUUCUGAGGAUCUCCUCAUUGUGUCUGAAGCUUAGAGCAAUUUGUGCCCAUCAAAACCAAGAACCAUCCCUGUCCUCCUCUCCCAUCUCCUGCCCAUCUGAUCCCAUCCUUGCCCACCAGGGGAACCCAACAUGGGUAAUGAGAAAUGUGGCCGUCCCUUGAUGGCCGCCCCAUUCAGAAACCUCCAUCCCAGGGUGGCUCCAGGGUGGCGUUUGGGAAGUGUCCUUUCCUCUCUCACAUUGCAUUAUUUAUUUUACCUGCAGUAUGCAGAGAAGUCAAAUAUUUCCUUGGUGAGUAUGGGCUUCCCCUAAGUGACAUCAAAUGGGGACAGAGACAAUGUUUUCUAGCCAUAUAAUUAUUUAAGCACCCCCCCCUCCCCCAAAAUGUGUGGUUGUUACGGGACCGUUGUGAGCGUGAGAGAAACUGGCAAAACUUUUGUCUCUUCACUGGAUGUACAUUUUCCCAAAGAGGUGAGAAGCCCAAUAAAUCUCUUGAUCUACUGGG